CCUCACCGGUCCACGACGCUGGCACCUCCCUUCCCGUUCCUUCCUGUGCUGGCGUCCUGCCUACCUCCGCUCCGCCAUUCCUCUGCGCAUCUGGAGCUGUUGUUUCUAAACCCACAAACCCUAGCCGCUGCGCCGCCGGCGCCGCCACCGCCGGCGCCGCAGCCAUGAACGCCUUCCGGUUCCUCGGGGACAUGACCCACCUCUUCUCGGUCCUCGUCCUCCUCCUCAAGAUCUACGCCACCAAGUCCUGCUCAGGGGUGUCGAGGAAGACGCAGGAGCUGUACAUGUUGGUGUUCGUCGCGAGGUACCUGGACCUCUUCACGGACUACCUCUCACUCUACAACUCGGUGAUGAAGGUGGUGUUCAUCACCAGCUCGGCGGCGAUCGUAUGGUGCAUGCGCCGCCACCCGCAGGUGCGCCGAACGUACGACAAAGAGCAGGACACAUUCCGCCAUGUGGUUCUCGUCGCUGCCGCAUUCCUUCUCGCGCUGAUAUUCAACGAGCGGUUCACCUUCCGGGAGAUAUGCUGGGCAUUUUCAAUCUAUUUGGAAGCAGUGGCAAUUCUCCCGCAGUUAGUGUUACUCCAGAGAAGCAGAAAUGUGGAUAACUUGACUGGACAAUAUGUUUUCUUCCUUGGGGCCUAUCGUGCGUUCUACAUUCUAAACUGGAUUUACCGUUAUUUCACGGAGGGUCAUCAGAGCAGAUGGAUCCCUUGGCUUGCUGGUUUGGUGCAAACAGCUCUGUAUGCAGAUUUCUUUUACUACUACUUCUUAAGUUGGAAGAACAACGUGAAGCUCGAGUUGCCUGCUUGAGCAUGCCUUGAUGUGCCGAAAGAAUGUGCACACCACGUGACUCAAGUGUUCUAGAAAUUAGUUGAUUAUAUGGGCAGGGAGAGACUUGGUAAUGAGGUGGAGCAGUUGCAAUUGAUACCAUAGUCUUGCCUGCGAGAAUUGAUAUUUGUGUUUCCCAUGGCAAAGUCUAUACGUUUCAGAAGCUAACAGUUGCUGCUGCACAGAAGUAGACUAGCCCCUUUUUGUACCUGCUACCUUUGAUAUGGAAAAUCACAUACAAUUUCAGUUGGUCUGUUGUUUACUCUCGCUCUGUUUCACUCGUCGGAAACAAAAACAUAUGAUUCCAGUGCU